GCUCCACUAAGCGCCGCGUCUGAAGAUCUGCUGCCACGGAACAGUUGCGUCUCCAUCUGGCUGUCAACCCACCCGAGCUUUCUUCUCCUCCUCCACCACCACCUUCCUGCCUUCCCCCUCCUCCCCCUCCUUUCCGUCUUCCCUCUCCACCCCCGCCCCCAAUCUCCUCCUCUUUUUCUCACUACAAGCGGUUGCUGAUGCUGAAGCUGAGCGUCACUUCGGCUCCCACGGCAGACAUGGCGACAUUGACAGUGGUCCAGCCGCUUACUCUGGACAGAGAUGUUGCAAGAGCAAUUGAAUUACUGGAAAAACUACAGGAAUCUGGAGAAGUACCAGUACACAAGCUACAGUCUCUCAAAAAAGUGCUUCAGAGUGAGUUUUGUACAGCAAUCCGAGAGGUAUAUCAAUACAUGCAUGAAACGAUAACUGUUAAUGGCUGUCCAGAAUUCCGUGCAAGGGCCACAGCAAAGGCCACAGUUGCAGCCUUUGCAGCUAGUGAAGGCCACUCCCACCCUCGGGUAGUCGAACUGCCAAAGACUGAUGAAGGCCUUGGUUUUAACGUGAUGGGAGGAAAGGAGCAAAAUUCUCCCAUUUAUAUCUCUCGCAUCAUUCCUGGAGGGGUGGCUGAAAGACACGGAGGCCUCAAAAGAGGAGACCAGCUGCUAUCGGUGAAUGGAGUGAGUGUGGAAGGAGAGCACCAUGAGAAAGCUGUGGAACUACUCAAGGCUGCAAAGGACAGUGUCAAGCUGGUGGUCCGAUACACCCCGAAAGUCCUGGAAGAAAUGGAGGCUCGCUUUGAGAAGCUGCGGACAGCCCGGCGUCGGCAACAGCAGCAAUUGCUCAUUCAACAGCAGCAGCAGCAGCAGCAACAAACACAGCAAAACCACAUGUCCUAGGCCCUUGAAGGAAAGCUACUUGAUCCAACAUCUAAUAGUCACAAGUUUGAAAAACGUGCUUCAGAAUCCCAGCACAUAGUAAAGGAAAAGACAACACUGAUAAUUAUACCUGUCAAGAAGCUGUGAACACAUGGUGUAUAAAUUCUUUACCACGGCAACUCGACACCUUCUUUCUCUGGGCUUGAGCAGCCCUGUCGCCCCCACUCCCUGUUCACUGGCUCUUUACACACACAGACCUUCCAUUCACUGCAGUGGGAAUUCUCAGUGUGUAGAGGGAGAGAUGCUUUCCAGUCUGCAGACCGAAACAGUGUGAGAAGAGUAAAGUCUGUGACUUUGGAAUAAAU